AUCGGUCAUGGGGGUGUCGAUUGAUGGGUUGACAAGGCCAUUUGUGGCUUCUGGGAGAGGAGGUUGUUGUUGAUCUGCCAUUGUUGAGAUUUGUGGGGCGGGUGUAUGUAGGUCUUGAACAAACAGAGGGAGGGUUGGCGGUGACAAGUCUCGGCGACAAGGUAGCUUGUCACGAUGCGAUUGCGACUUGCGAUUUUGGUGGAGGAGCUCUCAGUCUGGAAGCUCCAGCUUCGGUUCGUGCUUUGCGCAAAUUGCCCCCACCUUUGUUGACACGCAGUCACGGGAUUUGGUGUUAGCUUGGCUUUUUGGCUCAAUGAUUUGGACAGGGGGGGUCGCGCUUUCGUCCUUCUGCCUGGUUUGCAAUUUUUUGGUGGAAUGGCUACCGAAAAUGCACAGUUGGAGUGAGGACAUGCAACCUUCUUUCUCUUUUUAUCCACCAUGAUACCACAGAGCCUUGGUUCUGUUUCUUCUCUUAUACGCAAUGGAUCGUUUUGUGCAGCGAUCCAAGUCUAGCACGAGCCGGUCACCGCUUGCCACUGGAUCCGGGAAGUCCAACAAGAGGCCUGAGGGAGCUGCGCAACGGACUACUCCAACGAAACGGAGAAGGGUUGCCGAGCUGAAGGAGAGCGGUGAUGAAGACGAUGAAUUUGACUUGCCAACCUUGACCAAGAGUAUCAGGGACAGCGAGGAUGAAGCCCCCAAAAUGCCACCACGCCAGACAGCAAUUGAGAGCUCUUUGCCGGCUGUCCCGAUAGAUAAAGAAGCGAUAGAGCAGUAUGAGGCCAUGCGCUCCUCUCAACCACAGAUCGAUGAAGACAAUACCACUACCAGGUUCGAAAAGCGGCAAUGGGUCCCAGGAAAGAGCUCUAUCUAUGUCGAUGCCUUCAACCUUGCAUUGGAGACCGUCUUGGAGGAUGAAUCGCCUUUGUUUGAUAUCAAAGAGAAGCAUGUCUUUGAGCAAUGGCGAGGCUUGAGCUACGAGACUCAGUAUCUGUAUGUACGUCUCUUUCUGCGCAAGACUGCCUCUUGGCAUCGCGUGGAACGGCUGCAGUCUUCUUACAGCAACGAUAUCACCGAUGUUGAUCUUGCUAUUGAGGACCUUUUGGAGCCCCGGGAGUUGCCAGGUGACAGCAGUAAUUCUCCAGAAGAGACACGAUCUGAGGGUCUCGAAGUGUGGUCAUUGGGCGACACUUUUACCUUUGCGGAUGACUCUCAAGAAUACAUCAAAACUAUGGCAGACGCCACUCCGUUGUUGAGUCUUGACGAACUCAAGGCACUUGCAAAGGAUGCCAAGGUUAAGGGGAAGAACAAAGCCGAUCUAGUCAAGGCGCUCUGUCUCACAAGUGCUCGACAGGCCGGCUUGCUGUCCUUGGGUCUAAGUCGGCAAAAUACUAAUGAAUCGAUAGCCUCGCGAGACCAGGAGCCAGAAGACAAUCAAGAAAAAAUGGAAGUAAACAGGGAUUCUCAUUUUCUCAGGAAGAUACUUGCUACCACAGGGCCACUCAUCAGGCUCUCCGAGCCCAUCUUCAAACUCUUCGAGCGUGUUCAUCUGGUCUUCUACCGGUCAACCGAAUGGACCGAGAACUCACUGACGGCGAUCAUCCUGGCUAAGAUUGCACGAAGGAACUACCCAGACUAUGUCGUCUGCAGAUCCUCCAACAUAUUUGACUCCCGCCAGAGCCUCCUGGAGUUCGAGCUCUCGAUGCGCAAAGACUUCGAGGUGGACAAGGUUCUCGAGUUCAAUGGCCCACCAGGUGAAGCAGGGUUCCUAAAGGUCCUCGAGAUCUUUGAGGGCAUAGCUGAACGAUGGAGAGAACUUCUCAGGCAGGAAGAGCACCGCGAAAAUCAUGUAUACGAGUUUGGCGAAGGGAGUUACCUUCGUCGGUUCAACGCAGCUCACGCCUUCACUCGGAUCGCUCACAAAGCUGCCUACGUCCUUGGCCGUCUACACCGAUAUCGGGAAGAACACGCGCUUCUCACCGAAUUGCUCAGUCAGCAUCUCUUCCAUCCAGCCCGCCGCGGAUCGUGGUAUCAACGCAAGGCCUUACUGGAGGAACGGUACAUGUGGGAAGUGGAUCCAGACCCUGUGUCAACCAGUCCCGAAACUCAGAAGAAGCACUGGCAACAGAUUGCCCUCAUCACCUGCGAGACGGGACUGCAGGAUAGAGACUGCCACCUGAUCUAUCACUACGACCUCCAAAAGCGCCUUCUCAAGCUUGAAAAGAGAUUACGGGUGCCACGUCGUCUGCAGCAUGACUUUGGUCAUUUAAAGCUACGGGAACCGGAAGAGCAUAACGUUCAGGGCAUCCAGUUGGUCCGAGAUGACCCGGAUCCCAAGGGCAAGAACGGUCGCGGCCUGAGCACCAAGACGACGUGGCUCGACGAACUAGGCGAGCUUGACGAGGAUGGAGAACCAGCUCAUGUCAGUGUUGAGGAGAUGUGCCUAUCAUACUAUCGUCACGAGGGCUGGAAAGGCUACCACAGUGAAGGUGGAAUUAUCCGAACAUUGUUUGCUUACUUGUUCUUCGACAUCCUAUUCGUCUAUGUUCCCAAUGUUUUCCAGACGGCUUUCCAAACAUGCCCCCUCGAUCUCCACACGGAUGCAUUCUACCCAGCCCGGGCCAGUCAGAUCAACCAUCGGCUUGUCGAGAUUGCCAACGGUGGUGGCGAGAAGAUUUUGCGGGAGGUUUACGAGCGGGAGCAUGAGAGGCAAACCUGCGUGGUAGGCUUGAACUGGGACUUUGGAAUCGAGGACUUGGUAGAGUUGGUCUCCUGUUUCAACAGGACUGCCCUUGCUGCCGUAUGCAAAGUCAUGUCAGAAGACUAUAGGGCACGCAGAGGCGGCGUGCCAGAUCUCGUGCUAUGGAGGACAGCCGGAGACGAAGCCCAAACCAAUCGAGAUGGCAUCAUCAACAACAACAUUGACCGAAAAGGAGAGGUCAUGUUUGCCGAAGUCAAGAGUGCAAACGACCGCCUCAGUGAUACACAACGACUAUGGAUCCACGUACUCACAGGCGCAGGAGUGAGGGUUGCGCUGUGCAAUGCCGUGGCACGAGAGGUGCGAACAUUGCUGUGAUGGAAACAUCACAUCACAUUGUUUCUCGGCCCUACUGGAGGACAUCAUGCUCCUCCGUCGAAGUGUGACAAGAUGGAAAUAGCAACAUGCGUUCCUUGGUCCUGGGUUCGUCACGGAGAUACCGAGCAAUAUCAUAUGGCUACUAACCUCAAGCACUCCAUGCGGCACAGCUUCAAGGGCUCUGGUGGAGAGACCAUCGCCGGGUUAGAGUUGGGAUGCAUGGUAGCACACGUGGAGGCCUAGGAAACACAAGAUCACAGAGUCCCAAAUAUAGGAAGUUCAUCACGACGGUUCGUUUCAAAACGUUCUACCCGCCUUCGAAACAUGCAGAUGCAGAGAUCCCGUCGGCGUCAGGAUUCAGGGGAUUGAUUCGACGUGAGAGACCCCCGGAUUCGUUUCAGUUUCAGAUUGUGGGUUCCGUUUCAGUCGAAUUAUCCCUCUUGCUCUGCCACUCGGCUACGGCUUCGUCACAUUCUCUCGAGAUUGGACUUUGUCCUUGGGUAAAAUACGCAAAAAGAUACAAUCUAAUCUCUUUCGCUUGGGUGGGCUCUCUCUAGGGCAGACUCCCCAGAUCAUCUUCUGCACGGUCAAUUUGGGGGGAAGGGCCAAUGAGAUGCGGUAGCUGGGAAUUUCCGGAGUGCUUUGCUGACGCGCGCUGCGCACACCGAGAGACCGCAUCUGCUCACCCUGGCUUUUCUCCAAGGUGGUGUCCUUUCCAAAAUCAGAGCCGUUGCGGGAGAUUGUCUGUCUCUGGGCUAGCUUCCUCAGCCGAAUUCCGAUGCAAGAGAUGCCGUCAACCGCUCUCUUGCAGGAGGAAGAAGAUGCCUACCUACGGAGCAGGGCUUCGGGGAGGAGGGUGCUUACUACGCAACAGCAAGCUCUGUGGUAUCUCGAUAUGAGCCAGAUCACCGGGACAGCGAACAGGAAGCUAAUAGCAGCAAACGAACACCUAGAAUCUAAUCAUUCUUGAUAACCCCCUAUCCCGAUGAUCAUCAGCGAUCCAGCCCUUUCAUCCUAGCGAAAAGAAAAAAAGUCCAUCUCAAACAGCCAGCUUCAAAGAUGCGGUCCGGACGCAGUCCCGCCGGGCGCUUAACUCCCCCCCAAAUCCAGCCAAUCACGGCGUCCGCGCCAGGGGGGAUAAGCUGCAAAUGCAGUGACGACACACACGGAAAGAGGAACAAAUUUUGGAGAGAGAGAGAAAGAGAGGAGGGCAAAGAUGCUGCCCCACUCUGACUGUUGAGUUGAGCGCUUAGCUACCCUGGUUGCUACUGGGGAGCGGACCAGUCACGGCGGCCCGUGGGGCAUGACCAUGCGGGCGGAUUUUUAUGGGGAUUUUGCGCUAGGGGGGCAAGGCUAGGUUGUUCUGGGGUAGGUUGGG